ACUGUCCCUCGUCCUCGUCUUCACUUCUGUCCUCUUUUCCUUCCUCAUCCUUCUUCCUCUUCUUCAUCCCCAGGUGUAACGUCUCCAGCCUUGCACUGGGCACCUGAAGACAGGCACAACAAGACAAGGACAACAGACCGACCCUCCAUCAUGUCCAACAAGGAGAGCGGCCUCGUCACUCCCCCCGAGAAGGGGGACAACGUCGUCGACUAUCAGGCCAGCACCGCCGUCAUCCCCAAGGAGGGCCUGGAGCGCGACCCCAACUGGUUGACGCGCAACGGCCUCAACCUCGACUCCUUCAGGAGAAAGCACUAUGGCCCCGGCAUCGUGGAGCUUGAGCGCCCCAUGAAGGCGCGCCAUCUGCACAUGAUUGCCAUUGGAGGCUCUAUCGGUGCUGGUUUCUUCGUCGGCUCGGGUGGUGCUCUGAGCAAAGGUGGUCCCGGUUCUCUCUUUGUCGACUUCCUCAUUGUCGGUAUCAUGAUGUUCAACGUCGUGUACGCCCUCGGUGAACUCGCUAUCAUGUACCCCGUCUCUGGUUCCUUCUACACGUACUCUGCUCGAUUCAUCGACCCCGCGUGGGGUUUUGCCAUGGGCUGGAACUAUGUCCUGCAGUGGGCUGCCGUGCUUCCGCUUGAGUUGACCGUCUGUGGUAUCACGAUUGGGUACUGGAAUAGCGACAUCUCCGUGGCUGUCUGGAUCUCCGUCUUCCUCGCAGCCAUCAUUAUCAUCAACGUGUUCGGAGCCCUGGGCUACGCUGAAGAGGAGUUUUGGGCGUCGUGCUUCAAGCUCGGAGCGACCGUCGUCUUCAUGAUCAUUGCCGUCGUCCUUGUCUGCGGUGGCGGUCCCUCGGACGGCCGUUACAACGAGUACUGGGGCGCUCGUUACUGGUACGACCCCGGUGCCUUCAAGAACGGCUUCAAGGGCUUCUGCGCCGUCUUCGUCACCGCCGCCUUUUCCUUCUCCGGCACUGAGUUGGUCGGCCUCGCCGCUGCCGAGUCAGCCAACCCUACCCGCAACAUGCCCGGCGCCAUCAAGCAGGUCUUCUGGCGUAUCACCGUCUUCUACAUCCUCGGCCUCUUCUUCGUCGGACUGUUGGUUGACAGCAACGACCCUUCGCUGCUCUCUUCUUCUGCCUACUCGGACUCCAAGGCCUCCCCCUUUGUGCUUGUCGGCAAGUACGCUGGUCUCAAGGGCUUCGAUCACUUCAUGAACCUCGUCAUUCUCGUUUCCGUCCUGUCCAUUGGCGUCUCUGGUGUGUAUGGUGGAUCUCGAACCCUGACUGCCCUUGCUCAGCAGGGCUAUGCUCCCAAGCUCUUCACCUACAUUGACAAGUCCGGCCGUCCUCUGCCCUCGGUCAUUGCCCUCAUCCUGUGCGGCUUCAUCGCGUACGUCAGCUUGAGCGCCACCGGCCCUGUUGUCUUUGACUGGCUGCUCGCCAUCUCUGGUCUUGCCGCUCUCUUCACUUGGGGCUCCGUCUGCCUUGCCCACAUCCGAUUCCGCAAUGCCUGGAAGUAUCACGGCCACACUCUCGACGAGAUCCCCUUCAAGGCCGUCGGUGGUGUUUAUGGCUCUUAUCUUGGCCUCUUCCUCUGCGUCGUUGUCCUCAUCGCCCAGUUCUACACUGCCAUCAUUGCUGGCCCCGAUGUGAAGGGCAUGGGUACUGCGGAGAGCUUCUUCAAGCAGUUCCUCGCCGCCCCCGUCGUUCUGGCCUUCUGGAUCAUCGGCUGGCUCUGGAAGCGCGAGCCUUUCCUGCGAACCAAGGACAUCGACGUCGACACCGGCCUCCGUGAGAUCGACUGGGAAGAAGUCCGUCGCCACCGCGAGGAGGUUGCUGCCAUGCCUGCCUGGAGACGUCUUAUCCACGCCAUGUUCUAAAGGACUCGGACUGAGCGAUUUUCUUUCCCUUAUUUUAUUUUUCGUUUGAUUGAUGCAUACAUGUGGUUCUUCCGUUGGGUUAGACGGCAUGAAGACAUGAAGGAUGCAGGCUGGAGAAGGGCGGCUGAGCCCGGAUGACGAUGAUGUAACGCUGCGCAUGCGACCAUACCCCUGAUGUCGUGGCAUGAUAUUUGUCCUGUAAACAAUUAGUUUCUCUUUCUAUUAUACAAGAUACCACGGGGGCCUUGAGCACCCAACGGGAUGGGAAUUGAACCAAUAUACCUGUUCAUAC